AUGCUACGCGGAACAGCCCGCAGUCCAUACGCGAAGAAGCCGCCUGACUUUGACAAGCUUGCCAAGCUAUACCCAAAACAGCUGGGACCGCAUGUCACUGAACAAGGCAACGGUCGAGUUCUCAUCGAUUUUCAGAAUGGCGAUGCUUGCAGAGCUUUGACCCAGGUGCUGCUUCUGCACGAUUUCGGCAUACACGCGCCACAAGCGGCCGAUCGUCUAUGUCCUCCAGUUCCGAACAGACUCAACUACGUUCUCUGGGUGCAAGAUCUACUGGCUGCCUCGCUGCAGAGUAGCACGACAGGCACAUCGCCACCGACCGCGCUGUGUGAAAUCCCAUCCCCUUGGUCCGCAGCCAUUGAGAGCGAACAUCGAAGCAAGCGGCAGCGAAUAGAGGAUGACAAAUCCAGCGGGCAACCGGAAGUGGCCGUGCAGAUUCUGGACAUUGGCACUGGAGCAAGCGGCAUCUAUCCUCUGCUGGGCUGCGCUUUGGACGACCGUUGGACAUUUACCGCGACAGACACCGACGGAGAAUCUCUCAACCUUGCCCAAAAGAUUGUGGAUGCUCCUGAGAACGAGAGCAAGCGCCUGAAAAAUCGCAUUCGCUAUCUUCUCCGCAAGAGGAGUGAUAGUCUUCUCCCGUUGGACCAUGCAGAAGGGACCGGGGCUGCCGAACGGGCACUGCUGUACCAUGCGACGAUGUGCAAUCCUCCUUUCUACACAAGCACGGACGAAAUGAAAGAAUCUGCUGAAGCAAAGGUGGACAUGCCGAGCGCAGCAUGCACGGGUACAGAGAGCGAAAUGAUCACUCAAGGUGGCGAAGUUACCUUUGUGACACGCAUGAUACGUGAGAGUCUUGCUCCUGAAGCACGAGAGAAGAUUGUGUGGUUAUCGUCCAUGCUUGGCAAAAUCUCCAGUGUCUCUGCAUUAGUCAAGGAGCUGCAAAGCAAUCGAGUAAGUCAUUUGGAAAUGGUUGUCUCUCCUCUAGCACAAAUUGACCAAGAGCUCGUUCAGAUCGACAAUUACGCCCUAACGGAAUUUGUGCAAGGGCGAACCCGGCGAUGGGCAAUUGCUUGGAGCCACCAAGCGUAUCGUCUACCAGAUAGCGUGGCGCGAAACGUCGGACCCUCCCUGCGGACGCAUGCUCCUCCGUCAAACAGAGUCUUCAAGACCUUCGAACAGAAUCCUGCGGGCCACAAGCCUCGGAGUCUGCUUGGCAAGUUGGCCGAGCUGCUGCGAGGCACAGCUAAAGUGACCGAAUCGUGCGGGUCCGAGCCAAGCGAAAGAAGCUCAGAUCAGAAGGAUGAGGGCGAUAAUACCGAGCGUGUGCUGCUCGAUGCCAGCUUCAGCGUUGACACUUGGUCGAGAGCUGCGCGCAGGGCCAGGGAAAGAGCAGCAAAAGAGGGUCAAUCGGCACAGCCUGUUCCAACGUCCACUGCACCGAUUCUGUGCCUCCGCUGUGAGAGCGCAUACCAAGGCGCCUCCGGGACGUCUCAUGGCGAAGCUCCGGCACAAAAUUCAUCCGAGCGCUCGAUCUGGAGCAAGACUGAACCUGGUCGACCUCUGCAGCAGACAAGCCUAGUCGUGUCGAUCACUUGGACCUACGGCCACUCGCGCGCCGACUUUGCCGCUUGCUCCAAUUCCCUUUUGAGAAGACUGGAGACCUCGAUACCGCCUGUGAAUCACACGCAGGCGUAA